AUGCUGACCGAGCCAAUACUAGCUGUCGCCGCUCGGGAUAUGACGGCGUUCGUCAUCGCCACCAUCCACCUCAACUUAUGUGUCGGCACGAUUGCGCGAUUCUCCCGCCAAAGACCUGAUCUCAAGGCCACACUUGAUGACCUUCUGAGUUUCAGGGCAUGUGGGGAGUUCAUGUUGACAGAAGUAGACCACGGUCUCGAUGCCCGAAAUCUGGAAACGACUGCGACGAUGGAAAGCGAUGGAUCCUUCAUCCUGGAUACGCCGACGGCGGGCGCCGCCAAAGCGAUGCCUCCCACGUCGCCGUUGGCAGGCAUCGCUCGCGUCGCCGUUGUUUUCGCUCGUCUGAUUGUGGAUGGUGACGACAGAGGGGUGAAGCCGUUCGUCGUGCGGAUCAGCGAUGUAGGAGGGAUGUGUGCCGGCGUUGUCUCGCGCGUUCUACCCGUACGACCUGGGACCAAGCCGCUCGACCACUCUAUCACGACGUUUCGCCACGUGCGGCUUCGCCCCGGAGCGCUUCUCGGGUCGGCGCUGCGGGCCGACAAUGCGCGAGAAGACUUUCUUGCCCAGAUCUGGAGAGUCUCUGUCGGCACGCUUUCUCUCUCCAUCAUGGGGGUAUCCGCCAUCAGGGUUGCCGGCUGCAUUGCUGCCAUGUACAGCCAGCGCCGGUUGGUUGGAGAUGUGCAAAAGCUGCCCAUCCUUCAGUUCAGCACGCAACAGCGGCCGAUCUUGAAAGCGCUGGCGCACGGGGAAGUCCUGCAUGCCUACGCAUUAUGGAGCGUUGGCGAGUUCAUGAACCCGAAACACGACGUGGACGUUCGCAGAGGGAUCGCCACGGUCUUCAAAGCGCUGGUGGUGCGGUCGUCCCGUCUGCUUUCUGAACUGGCAGAGCGAUGUGGCUGGCAGGGCUUGUACGCGUACAACCAGAUAAGCGAACUCGCGUCGACCUUCCAAGGAAACUCCGUGGCCGAGGGUGAUACUCUGGCGGCCGACCCGACGCUACCUCUUGCGCUGUAUGAGAAAGGCAUGUUUGAGGAGGCCGCCGGCAAGAUCACGCUCGCCUCUGGCGCAUCCGGCAGCCUGAGGGGCACAUUCUACAACAACAGCAUUCUCCCUCGAUGUAGGACGAUGGUAGAAGCCAUCGGGCAACGCAUGGCGCACGAGGCCGCGCAAGCGCAGGGCGACAUUGCGCCGCAGGUGCUCGAUCUAUUCGAGAAGUCUUGCAUUCAGGAGGACCUUAGUUGGUUUGUCGAACACGGCCAUGGAACCCGAUCUAGGUUGUGGGAUGACGAGGAACAAGCAUAUCGCAACCUGUUGCCCCUUCUACCCUCGUUGGUAGAGAGGGCGAACGCACGCGCCUACAUCACGGCCCCGUUGGUUGAUGGGACAGCAAUGAAGGGGUUCAUCAGGGCACUACCGGCGUUCGGCAACAGUGAGGAUGAUGUUCUGGCAGAGAGGGUUCUCAAGUCGAGACUUUGA